AUGAAAACCGAAAAGAAAAACAAAAUACCAAAAAGAAAACAACACGUACGGAACGGAAACGGAAUGAAAUGGAACGAAAAGACACUCCUUUGCCCUUUUUUCUAA